AUGAUAACAGCUAACGUUCCAUCGGCGAAGAAGAUAAUUGUUCAUGGGCCAGAUUAUGGCUCGGGUGGGAUACCGUCUCAGUUUCCAGUUCAUGAGGAUACGCAGUUUCAACAGAUACUCACCGACAGUCUCGAAUUUUUUAAUAUACCGGAAAAUGAAGUCGAGUACUAUUUUUUGGUCGAUACGAAAACGAAUCUCGUCCACAAUCCUUCUUCUUACGUGAGGCAAGUUGAUGUGUUUUAG